AUGGCUCCCCAGGACCUUGAUGCUGCCCUUCAAAUUGUCCGCUACAAACUGAUAACUCAGAUUGCAAAGUCAAGAAAAGAAUGCACAAAUUCAUGUUGCAAUAUAAUAAACUCAAUUUUGGAAUCGAGCGAAACUAGUCGACAAGAAAGCUUGGGCCAGGGUCCCACUUCCCACAACUCAGCAGUUGAAGCCCUCCCUCAGGUCGGUUCAAACACUGUGAGCUCUGCAAAUGUGGAUAAGAAUUUGUUGUUAAGAGUUGUGAACAACAAUGUGUACAUUUUUUCGUGCAAGGGAAAUCUCACUCUACUGAUACUGAAAAUGACAGAAAGGAAGAAACAGAGCUCAAACGCGCAAUGUGAAAUAAAUGAAUGUACCACCUCUCUGGGAUGGCAUUAUUGUCAGUGUCACCACAAGGCAACAAAGGACAACAACAAUGUGUUGUUUGGUGACUUGUUGGCACUUUGGACAGUGCCUAGAACACAAAGGUUUAUGCCGAGCCGUCCAAUUCAAUUUUACCCAAAAUUCCAUCGCUGCCAUCAAGGUGGAGGAGACGAAGAGAAUCGCCUAGGGCGGUGGGUAGAUGCCGACCGACGUGUGGCUGUCACAAAAGAUCCACCUGACGACCGGCGAUCAGAAGCGACGAUUGACUCGUUAUUGCCGCAAAAGAUCCAAUCGGCGACAGUGAGCGGAAUCUAG